AUGACUGAGAAUUUUGUUACACAAUCCAAUUUACUUAGAUGUUUUAGAACAUUAGGAUUAUUUGCUGGAAAUCAACAUGCAACAUGUUGUAGUGUUGGGAAAUUAUUACAUUUAAUGGUUCCAGUAGAACAUUCAUUUAUUUCAUAUGAUAUUACACAUAAAUUAGAUUUUUUAUAUCGUUCACAAGAAUUUAAAGAACGUGUUAUGGCAGUUUAUAUGAGAAAUUAUCAAGCAAUAGUAGUAACAAAACACUCAGUUUAUUUUGAAGGAGAAGUUCAAACAUUUAAUGAAGUAAGUAUUGAAGGAACAAUUUCAUCGUCAUUACUUUUUGGAGAUCAUUUAAUUAUUUCAACAGAAAGUAGACUAAUAAUUAUUACAAUUGAUACACAUAAAAUUUAUAAGAAAAUUUCGCUUCCAUGUGAGUCACCAGUAAUAUUUCAUCCAAGAGAAUAUUUAAAUAAAAUUACAUUAACAUAUGAAAAUCAAUUAUAUCUAAUGAAUGUUAAUACUGAAAAACUUUUAUUUACUUUUAAAUUCCCAGAAAAAAUUGUUGGAAUUGCACAAUCACCAGAUGUUGAUAUUCAUGCAAUUGCUUUAGAAUCAGGUGAAAUUCAAAUUUUUAAUUUAAAACAAAAUAAAAAAAUAUGUUCACUUAUUAAUUCUCAUCAACCUACAGCAAUUAAUUUUAUUAGUGGAUUACCAAAUGAUGAUUUAUUCUUAGUUGUUGGUUGUAUUAAUGGGUUUAUUAAUAUCUUCUCAAUUAAAACUGGUGUUAUUGUUGGAUCUUUAUUCCACCAUACUGCUCGUGUUCAUACUCUUAUUACUUUUCCAAAUGAAUUACAUUUUUAUUCAGUAGGAGAUGAUAAUGCUAUUAGACAAUAUGUCAUUGAUCCAUCUAGUGGUAGUUUAAUUCCUGCAUUAAUUAGAGAACGAUCUGGUCAUCCAAUGAAACCAAUUUAUGUAAAGAUUACAGGUAAUAAUGUAAUUACAGGAUCAGUUGAUGGAAGUAUUAGAAGUAGUUCUUUAUUUAAUCCAAUGUUAACAAAAGAAUUUUCACAAAAAGUUUCUAUAAAAGCAAAAAGAAUGGGAAUAGAACAAUCAAAAUUAAAAUUAAAUCAAGUAAAUUGUAUUGACGUAAAUGAAAGGUAUUAUCUUUUAAGAGAUACUGUUGUCACUACUCAUAAUGGAAAGAAUUUAGCUGUUACAUGGGAUAUUGUAAAAAUGAGAAUAGGAGAUAAUAAAAUGCGUAGUUCUAUUGUUGAUAAAAGAAAUCCUAAUAAAAAGUUUCAACAUUCAAGUGCACCUGAACUUGAAGUUCAAGUUAAUGAAAUAUGUCAUACAACAUAUUGUUGUUUUUCACAUUGUGGAAAUUUUGUUUGUAUAGGAAAUUCUCAAGGAUUAAUUGAUAAAUUUAAUGUUCAAAGUGGAGAACAUAAAUGUAUAUUUAAUUGUCAUAAAAUGGAAAUAACAGGGUUAGCAGUUGAUUCAAAUAACAAAUAUUUAAUAAGUUCAUCUAUGGAUGGAAAAGUAUUAUUAUGGAAUUUUGAAACAGGAGAAUUGAUUGAUACUAUUGUGAAUAUUUUAAGUGGAAUUACUCAUUUUUCAUUUAAUAAAAAGAAUAAUCUUUGUGCUAUUACAACUGCUUCUAAUGAAUUAAUGAUUCUUGAUUUAACCACAAGAAAAAUAAUUCGUCAAACAGAUAUGAGAGGAAUUGCAUCAAACAUUAAAUUAAAUACAAAUGGUAAUUUUGUAUUUGUUUCUUAUACAAAUGGAUGUCUUACAGUUUAUGACAUUAUUACAAUGAAAAUAGUUGAUGUUAUAAGAUUUAGUUCAGCAGUUAUUUCUAUGGAUAUAAGUGCAGAUGGUAGAUUCUUUGUAUGUUAUCUUUCUAAGUCAUUUGAAUUACAAGUUUAUUAUUUAAGAGAUUACUUUUCUAAUAUACUUCUUGAUACACCAAGUAAACCUUAUUAUAUUAGAUUUUAUAAAAGUGAAUUGUCUGAUUCUACUAAUAUCAAGAAUUAUUGUUAUGAUGAUAUUAAUGUUAAAAUGGAAACUGAAGCUCAAGAAAUACGUGAAACAACUAUAUUAUUAGAAGCAACAGAUAAUCCUAUUGCUAAAUGGAUUAAUUUACCAGAAUUAGAUCGUCUUAGAAAAGAAAUGCAAAUUGAACAAACAAGAUUAAACCCAGUUGAGAUACCAUUUUUUAUUCCAAUUAAUCAACACUCUGACACUAUCUUUAAACCUCUAAAAGCAGAUUCAAAAUUGUUAUCAAAUCAACCUUCAUUAAUGGAAUCAACAUUACUUUUACAUUUAACAGAAUCAAAUGAAGCAAUAUUAACAUAUUUAAUGAGUUUAAAUUCAUCUCAUAUUGAUUUAGAAAUAAGAAAUUUAUCAAAUAAUAAUUAUCAACAUCUUAAUACUUUUCUUAAAUUUUUAAAUGAAGAAUUAAAUACUUCUCGUAAUUAUGAUUUUAUUAUUACAAUUACUCAAGUUACUUUAAGAACUCAUAUUAGAGAAAUGAUGAAACAUCUUUCUAAAUAUUAUCAUGAAUUAACUAAUUUAAAAGAAACAAUUGAAAAGAUGUGGGGACCAGUAGACGAAUUAUUUAAUGAAGACUUUUCAUUGGUAGCAUUCUUGUCAGGUAUCAAAAUAUGA